GACACGUAGCCACGGAUCCCCCCCCCCCCCCCACCCGGACGGGCACAUGUUUCCAGCUGUUGCAGCCGGGAGCCCCGAGCCGCUGGAGGAAGGUGCGGACAGACAGGGCCUGACGGCGCUGCACCUGGCCUGCCUCCACGGCCAGCUGGCCGAGGUCCGGCUCCUCGUGGAGUCCGGGCGGGGCCCGAUCGACUGCAGCGACCUCCAGGGUCGCCGGCCCGUCCACGUGGUCCUGUCGCCCCGGAGCUCGCCCAACACCUCCGCCUGCCUGGCGUACCUGCUGGAGCGCGGGGCCGACACCAACGCCACCACAUGCACGGGGACGACCCCGCUGCACCUGGCCGCCACCGAAGGCCUGCUGGAGUGCACGGAGGCCCUCACGCGGGCCGGAGCCAACGUGUUGGCCCGGGACAGCAUGGGACACACUCCCCUGGAUGCGGCCCGCAUCUUUUGUCGCAGGAAGGUGGCGAGGUACCUGAAAAGCUGCGUGUGGCAAGCUGAGAAAAAUAAAGAAAUGCAGGAGAGGAAGCUGGUUCAGACUCUGUACAGCGAUCUCGUGGAUAUGGUCAAACUCAAUGGCCUUAACAAAAAGACACUUGUGGACGAGAAGAUGGCAGAUUGGGCGGCCAAAAAAGGCUUUCCUCCCCUAAAGGAUUUCUCCCCCGGCGUCUCGGUGAGUCAGUACCACACCCAGUGCCUCCCCUCACAUCAGAUCGGCCCUCGUUCAAAACGUGCCAGGCGGCCAUCGAAGCCGCAGUCAGGGGGUCCCCUGGAGGACAACGGCCCCUCCACCGGGCAGCCCCGGGCCUCCUCCUCCUCCUCCUCCAGACCCUGGACCAUCUUCAUGGGCCUCCAGCCGGAGGAACCCCUCAGAGAGCCCGACCUCCGGGACAAAGUCACGGUGUGGGGGGACCGCGGCGAGAGGCCGCCGCAGUACGCAACCGAGUGGGACGGCGCGCGUCGCCCCGCCCCCGGAGUGCCUUUGGAUCUCCUGGAGAGGGUGUUGUUCCCCAGAGCCUUCCCUUCCAGGAUCGCCUCGCCGCGCUCCUUCGAGCCACGGGACAUAGCGGGGGUGCAGCACAGAGGACGCCCCCAGGGGCAGAGCCCCUCCCCCUGGACAGAGGUGGCCAUGCACCUGGCUGAAGUACUGGAGGCGGGACACUACUGACCAUCGCACUUUGUUCUGGAAGAGCUCCUGAAAUGAGUAGACGCUCGGAAGAAAUGCAUUAAAAGACGUUUCAAUAUUUUAUAUUGAAAACGAAAGAGCAUGGAGCCCUUUUUUUAGUUUUAAUAUAGUUUGAAUAUACAUUUGAAAAUUGAAAUUAUUUGCAUCUUCCCUUAAAUUGAAGCCUCCCUGACUACAUAUUCCGCCAAGACCUCAGCUCGACGUGACCAAAUUAAAAAUGCCACACAAUCCAGACGCUACACCUCCAAAAGCGGGGGGUGAACCUCAGUGAACUGGGUCACCUGUCUCAGGUGGAUCUGCACUUUCUCUGCUCUCCCCGGGGAACUGACUCGGGAUCCUGGGUGAGGGCUUGUCAACAGCAGGUUGUGACUGGGAGCUGUGGCAUGUCAGCUUAAUGUGUGUGUGUAUGUGUGUGCGCUGAGGUUUUUUUUCCUUUACUUCACACCUCAGCGGGGGUCAAAGUGCACGCUGGCCUCAACCUGGUGUGACCCAGCCACAUGGGACUUGGAGAACGUGAAGUCAACCAAAUAGGGCCAUAUAUUGCGCACACACCCACACACAUCUUUGAUGGUGGGAAGUUCAAGGUGUGACAAAAAAAAAAGAAAAUCCAUCGCACUGGAAAAUAAAGUAACAUUGAACGGGUGAAUUAAACAGAUUUAAUUGGAAUUGACGAAGAUAAGUCCCUCUAUUUUUGCUUUUUAUUUCAACCUGUGAAAAGAACGGUUUCAUCUGACAGUUAUUCCAACAAAAUCAUUUAUUAAACAUUUGUGUGCAUACCAGCCUACAAACAAUUGCACUCGUUAAUUGGUAAAAAGAAUUUCGGCUUCUUUAAUAACACUUUGGAGCAGCUUUUGUCCCCCGGCACGUGGAGCUCCGGCUUCGAUCUGUGGAUU